UUUUUCUACCCUAAAGCGGCUGCUAAACCGUGUCGGUUCAAUUCUUCAUCAUCAUCUUCUUCCUCUCUUUCUUCGUGCCACUGAUCGCUCUCACUCUGUUCUUCCUCUCUCUCUCUAUCUCUGCAUGUCGGUUUCAUCUUUUUCCUCUUUCAGAUUUCGAUUAUCUCCUUUUUCACUGUUUUUGUAGUUGCUGUUCAUCGCAUUUUCUGUUCCAGUACUGAUUAUUAUGUGGCUUUGUUAGUCUGAUCUUCUGUUCAAGCUUCUCCUUACUUCCUUUUAAUUCGAGUUUGAGUUCUUCUUUUCAGUGCAUUUCUCCUUUCUUUUCCUUCGAUUUUAUGACUCCAAUUCGUCUCCAUCUCUUUCAAUCGUCAAUAUCCACUUUCCGCUUCGAGUUCCGGUGCUUAUUUUCUCGUUUCGUCCCAGAUCUCUGAGAUUUCUACUGAUAAAUGAUGGAUCCGAUCGAGGAAGGAUCGGAGUUCAAGGAUGCCGGAAAAUCUUCUCCGGCGGAAAGCGAGCAGAAUAAGAAGACCUGCGCUGAUUGUGGUACGACAAAGACUCCUCUCUGGCGUGGAGGUCCAGCUGGCCCUAAGUCUCUUUGCAAUGCGUGUGGGAUCAGAAGUAGGAAGAAGAGAAGAUCGCUUCUAGGUUUAAACAGAGGAGGGGAAGUGGAGAGGAAAAGCAAAGGAAGUAGUAACAGAAGCAACAAUGGCGGUGGAAAUCAAACAAAAAUUGGGAGAGAAAGCUUGAAAUGGAGAUCAAUGGCGUUUGGUAGAAAUGAAUUAAUGCAAAGGAGACAGUUGGGAGAGGAAGAACAAGCUGCUGUUUUGUUAAUGGCUCUUUCCUAUGGAUCUGUAUAUGCUUGAAAUGCUAAUAUAAUGGAAUAGUCUUUUUUUUUUUUUGAGCUUCAUGAUUUCUUGAGUCCUUAAACCCUUUAACUGUAAUGUAGCAUUUGAGCAUUUGCUUUCUUCAAUGGAUUGAUUCUCUUUUUGUUA